AACCAAAUUAUUGAUUCAUUUCAUUAUAACAUCAUAUAACGAUACAAGAAGCAAAAUCAUGCUUUUAAAAACAUAAACAUAAAAUAAAGUUGAACUGAGAAGAGAGCUCUUCUUGUUCAAGGAUCUUCAUUUUUUGUUUUCAUUUUUAUCAGUGAGAAAGGUUCUUUCUUAACCCACCAUAUACAGAUAUUCUUUCUUCAUUUUCAUACGUGCUUUCUCUGUUUUUACAAGUUCACCAGUGAGUGAGAGUAUGAUCAGUUGGUCAACUUUUUGAGUGUGAAGUUUUAGAAUGGAGUCCAACAAACUUUCUUUCUGCCUGUGAUGCAAAUGCAGGUUUUAUUCAGAAAACAAAGAAGACGACUAGCUUUUUAAGUUUUAAGCUCGGAUUUAAAGCGUGGUUGGAUUCUGUUUGACUUGUGGAAGCUCAAAGGUUUCUGAAAGGGAGCCGACUAUCCUGGUUUUCUACACAAAAAAGGCCCCUGUCAAGAAAUAUUGAUAUAGAAAACAGCAUUACUUGAGAAGUUAACAAUGGGACUGGUAGAUCUCUUCCUCGUGGCACUGGUACCAGUGUUGAAAGUACUAUUGGUAACUGGUGUUGGUUUACUGCUUGCAUUGGAGCGCAUUAAUAUCCUGGGGCCAAUAGCUAGACACCAUUUGAACCUUCUUGUAUUUUACGUCUUCAGUCCUGCACUCGUGCUUUCCAACUUGUCUGAAACAAUUACUCUUAAAAGUUUAACUACGCUGUGGUUCAUGCCGGUGAAUAUCCUUCUUACAUUCAUACUUGGCUCUGCUCUCGCUUGGGUUCUUAUUAAAAUCACUAAAACUCCUCCACAUCUGCAAGGCAUUGUCAUUGGUUGCUGUUCUGCGGGAAAUUUAGGGAACUUGCCUCUCAUUAUUGUUCCAGCAGUGUGUGAAGAGGAAAAUAGUCCAUUUGGAGAUUCAUCUGUUUGCUCUACAGAUGGAGAGGCUUAUGCUUCACUUUCCAUGGCGGUUGGAGCAAUUUAUAUAUGGUCUUAUGUCUUUAUUAUUAUGCGAGUGUAUGCAAGUAAAAACACUAAACAUUCUACUACAAAUGACUCCACUAUCAACAUAAGGUCUUCUGGAGAAACCUCAGAAACACUUCCAGAGACAGAAGCACUUCUUCCUUCAAGGGAACAAAGCUAUGUUGACGAUUCAUAUCAAGUUGAACUGCCUUAUGCUAAAUGUGAAGAAAAGGUGCCAACAUUUAAGAAGAUUACUCAGUGCGUCAAAGUGUUUGCAGGCCAGAUGAAGUUGAAGAUGUUGUUCAACCCCUCUACUAUUGCAGCAAUCAUUGGCUUUGUCAUUGGAAUAAUAACUCCACUUCGGAAGGCAAUGAUUGGCGAUAGUGCUCCUCUUCAUGUGGUUAUCAGUUCUGUCUAUUUGAUGGGGGAGGCACUGAUUCCUUCAAUGACUUUGAUUAUAGGAGCAAAUCUUCUUGCAGGUUUGCAAAGAACAGAAGUUGGUAUACUAGCCAUUAUUGGGAUUAUAGCUGUUCGGUAUGUUAUUUUGCCUCUGUUGGGUAUAGGCAUUGUUAAAGCUGCACACCAUUUUGGAAUGGUGGGAUCGAGUUUAUUGUAUCAGUUUAUUCUUAUGCUUCAGUAUACUCUUCCACCUGCAAUGAAUGUUGGUGUUAUUUCCCAGUUAUUUGAAGCUGGUGAGAGUGAAUGUUCUGUUAUUAUGCUCUGGACUUAUGCCGUUGCUGCAUUCUCUCUUACACUUUGGUCAACCAUCUUUAUGUGGCUUCUCUCUUGAAUUCCUAUAUAUUUCUUUUUAUAUGUAUGCAUUUCAAUUUUUUUUUUCUUUCUCUUUUAAUAAUUUUUUAUUUGCCACGGGCCAUGAAGGAUAUUAAUAUUAUUGCCCAAAAAAAAAAAAUUAAUGUAUGAGUAAA